CAUAAAAGGAGACACGCAUACACUCAAACACAGAGAAAUAAGGGAAAGAAAAGUAUCGGGACUUAUCCUGCUGCUGCAAACCCAGAGACAGCAGACGAAGAGGGGGGUUGGCUUCUACCCCAAGGUAAAGCCCUGCCCCCUUUUCCUGCUUGCCACGUCCUCUGAGAAAAAGAAGGAGAGAAGGGGCCAAAGUGGAGAAAAGCAGGUCUUCUGCGGCUGGCAUUUGGAGUACAGAGAGCCAGGAAGUGAAGGAUGGUUGUGAUUACCCGAGCUGGCUGCAGGGCAGCACUCUUCCUCUGGAUAUUCAGCAACAUUAGCUGCAGAGCCAGGACUGCUCUGCCUGCAUCUCAAAAAUGUGAUGAACCUCUGGUCUCAGCAUUAUCCCACUCCUCCUUCAGCAGUUCAUCAUCUAUGACAAGCAGCUAUGCGCCAGGGUAUGCCAAGUUAAACAAGAGAGGAGGUGCAGGAGGUUGGUCUCCAUCAGACAGUGAUCAUUACCAAUGGCUACAGGUGGAUUUUGGGAACAGGAAGCAGAUCAGUGCUAUUGCGACUCAAGGCAGAUACAGCAGUUCUGACUGGGUCACUCAGUAUCGGAUGCUUUAUAGUGAUACUGGGAGAAACUGGAAACCGUACCACCAGGAUGGAAAUAUCUGGGCAUUUCCUGGAAAUACAAACUCUGAUGGUGUGGUCCGGCACGAUUUACAACAUAUGGUUAUUGCUCGCUAUGUACGGAUAGUUCCUCUGGACUGGAAUGGAGAGGGCCAAAUUGGGUUAAGAAUUGAAGUCUACGGCUGCUCCUAUUGGGCUGAUGUUAUCAAUUUUGAUGGCCAUGUAGUGUUACCAUACAGAUUCAGGAACAAGAAAAUGAAAACACUGAAAGAUGUCAUCUCUCUGAAAUUUAAAACCUCUGAAAGUGAAGGUGUAAUCUUCCAUGGAGAAGGACAGCAAGGAGACUAUAUCACUCUGGAACUGAAGAAAGCCAAACUUGUUUUAAAUUUAAACUUAGGAAGCAAUCAGCUUGGUUCUAUUUAUGGCCACACAUCCGUGAUGACAGGCAGCCUCUUAGAUGAUCACCACUGGCACUCUAUCAUCAUAGAGCGCCAUGGGAGAAACAUCAAUCUCACCCUGGACAGACAUAUGCAGCACUUCCGAACCAAUGGAGAAUUUGAUUACCUGGACCUGGAUUAUGAGAUAACCUUUGGAGGCAUGCCUUUCUCUGGGAAGCCAAGUUCUAACAGUAGAAAAAAUUUCAAAGGUUGCAUGGAAAGCAUCAACUACAACGGAAAUAAUAUCACUGACCUUGCCAAGAGGAAGAAAUUGGAACCUUCUAAUGUGGGAAAUUUAAGUUUUUCUUGUGUGGAGCCACAUACAGUGCCUGUCUUUUUCAAUGCUACCAGUUACCUUGAAGUUCCUGGUCGUCCAAGACAGGAUCUUUUUUCAGUCAGUUUCCUUUUCCGAACCUGGAACCCCAAUGGACUGCUUGUCUUCAGCAACUUCGCAGAUGACCUGGGGAACAUUGAGAUUGACAUAAACGAGGGCAAAGUCAGUGUCCAUAUCAAUGUCACCCUAGCGAAGAAAAACCGAAUAGACAUCUCAUCAGGCUCUGGUCUCAACGACGGGCAGUGGCAUGAAGUCCGAUUCCUUGCUAAGGAAAAUUUUGCUGUCCUCACAAUUGAUGGAGAUGAAGCUUCAGCUGUCCGAACAAACAGCCCUCUACAAGUUAAGACUGGAAAGAAAUAUUUCUUUGGAGGGUUUCCUAUACAGACGAAUGACUCGGAUCACUCACUAUUUCAGCAUUCAUUUCAAGGAUGCAUGCAGUUUAUCCACGUGGAUGAUCAGCUGGUGGAUUUGCACGCAGUGGAGCAGGGCAAGCUGGGAAGCUUUGCCAAUGUCACUAUUGACAUGUGUGCCAUUAUUGACAGGUGUGUGCCCAAUCACUGUGAACACGGUGGCAAAUGCACCCAGACGUGGGAGAGCUUCAAGUGCACUUGUGAUGGAACUGGAUACAGUGGCGCCACUUGUCAUAACUCUAUUCAUGAACUCUCUUGUGAAGCAUACAAACACUUGGGCAAAACUUCAAAUUCCUAUUGGAUAGAUCCAGAUGGCAGUGGGGCACUGGGACCUUUGAGAGUUUACUGCAACAUGACAGAGGACAAAGUAUGGACAACCGUGUACCAUGAUCUGCAAAUGCAGACUUCUGUGGGAGGCAACAGCCUGGAGAAGUUAUCUGUACUGCAACUCAAUUACAAUGCAACGAUGGACCAGAUUUCUGCCAUUACAAGUAGUGCUGAAUACUGCGAGCAGUUCAUCUCCUAUUCUUGCAAAAUGUCCCGGCUGCUGAACACACCAGAAGGGAAUCCUUAUACCUGGUGGGUUGGAAAAGCCAAUGAGAAACACUACUAUUGGGGCGGAUCAGGACCUGGCAUUCAGAAAUGUGCCUGCGGCAUUGAACGCAACUGUACUGAUCCCAAAUACUACUGCAAUUGUGAUGCUGAUUAUAAGCAAUGGCGAAAAGACUCUGGGAUGUUGUCAUACAAAGAGCACCUACCAGUGAGUCAAAUAGUGGUUGGAGACGUGGACCGGCCUGGGUCUGAAGCCAAGAUAUCUGUGGGCCCUGUGCGUUGUCAAGGAGAUCGGAAUUACUGGAACGCAGCUUCUUUCAUUACAUCGUCAUCUUACCUUCACUUCUCCACCUUCCAAGGGGAAACCAGUGCAGACAUCUCUUUCUACUUCAAAACGUCAGCUUCGGAUGGGGUAUUUCUUGAGAAUCUGGGGAACACUGACUUCAUCAAACUGGAGCUGAAAUCUCCUAAGGAGGUUUCCUUUUCAUUUGAUGUUGGAAAUGGGCCUGUGGAAAUCAUUGUUAGAUCUCCCAACCAGCUCAAUGAUGACCAGUGGCAUCGGGUCAAUGCCGAGAGGAAUGUCAAACAAGCCAGCCUCCAGGUAGACCAGUUGCCCAUGGAGGUUCAGAAAGCACCAACAGAAGGACACACACGACUGGAAUUGUACAGCCAGCUAUAUGUUGGUGCUGCAGGAGGCCAGCGGGGCUUCCUAGGUUGCAUUCGUUCAUUAAGAAUGAAUGGAGUGACGCUGGACCUGGAAGAGAGAGCAAAAGUCACACCUGGGGUGAAGCCUGGAUGCUCUGGCCAUUGCACUAGCUAUGGGAUGUACUGCGCAAAUGGUGGUAAAUGUGUUGAGAAAUACAACGGCUACUCCUGUGACUGCUCCAAAACUGCCUACGAUGGACCAUUUUGUAUUAAAGAUGUUGGAGCGUUUUUUGAAGAGGGAAUGUGGCUUCGUUACAAUUUUCACUCCCCAGGGACUAGCAUGAAGGAUUUAGUUAGCCGGACACUUCUGAGUUCUGCAGAUCCUGAGGCCACAGAACCCAACCUCAACUUGAAUAAAGAAGAGCUCAGCUUCAGCUUCAGUACCACCAAGUCCCCUUGUGUCCUACUGUACAUCAGCUCCUAUACCCAGGACUUCAUGGCUGUGCUUGUCAAGCCAUCUGGGAAUUUGCAAAUUCGGUACAACCUAGGAGGCACCAGAGAGCCAUAUAACAUUGAUGUUGACCACAGAAACAUGGCAAAUGGACAGCCUCAUACUGUCAACAUCACACGGAAUGGACGGGACGUAGUACUGCAGCUUGAUCACUAUCCUCCAACAAGUUACAGCCUACCAACAGCUUCUGACAUUCAAUUCAAUUCCCCAAAGGCACUAUUCCUUGGAAAAGUUAUAGAAAUUGGGAAGAUUGACCAAGAUAUAUUUAAAUACAACACCCCAGGAUUCACUGGCUGCCUGUCAAGAGUACAGUUCAACCAGAUUGCUCCACUCAAAGCAGCUCUGAGACCUAUCAACGCCUCCUCUCACGUUCACAUCCAAGGAGAACUGGUGGAAUCCAACUGCGGAGCAUCACCACUCACCAUCCCACCAAUGUCAGCUGCUACCGACCCAUGGCACUUAGACUCAGCCAGUGCUGAUUUCCCUUACAACGGUCAAGCUAUAGGAGAUGGAGUUAACAGGAACUCUGCCAUUAUUGGAGGCGUCAUCGCAGUGGUGAUCUUCACCAUCCUGUGCACCUUGGUGUUCCUGAUCCGCUACAUGUUUCGCCACAAGGGAACCUACCACACCAAUGAGGCCAAAGGGGCAGAGUCAGCUGAGAGCGCUGAUGCUGCCAUCAUGAACAAUGACCCCAACUUCACGGAGACCAUUGAUGAGAGCAAGAAGGAAUGGCUUAUCUAAGCCCACAGGGAUGGGGCCAGGGGUGGGUUAUGAGCUGGGACAGGGUGGGACAGGGAUGACUCUUGCAGUGGGAAGAGAACACUCUGCGUCGGACACUUGAGCACACAUAUGGUGAAAAGAUCAGCACAACUGGAGAAGCAAGUAACAGGAAAAUACCACUGAGACUGGAGGAAUAAAAAAUAAUAUCUCAAGCAUUUAUGAAAAAAUACUUUUUAAUAAGUAUUUACAGGAAAUUGCCCCUUCUGUAUCCAAACAACUAUAACAAAGAGCAAUUUUGCAGCUUCAGCAUCGGUUAAAAUUUUCAGUAAUACCUGUAUAUUUCUGUGUGUGUAUAGAGGUGUUCUGGAUACCCAUGACAAGAAAUGGGGCUGGUUUUUUACAUUUUUUAAAAGCUGUUUAAAACAUGAGUAGUUCUGCUCUGAGAAGAAGUGGCAGACCUUUCUUAUCGGCAUUGUGUACUUUCAUAGCUGGCCACUUCCCCACAGGCUGCCUUCAGCGCCACACCUUGACCGCAUCACAGUUCGUUUUGGUGGUGUUGAACCGGGGGUUCAGAGCUGGGGAAGGGACACAGGGGUGAGGAAUAAUGCAAAUCAGACUUGCCAGUGUUUCAGUGUGUCAUCAGCCCCUGACAGCCCUGGCAGGAUCUAUCUUCUUGACCCAGACACUUCACUGAUUACUUACAAUUCUCAUCAGUGAUGUAAAAAUACUGUUACUAUGAUGACUACUACUACUACCACCGGAGAGGACGAUCAUAAAGCACAGAAAGCUUUGGGGUCUUUAUUAUUAUUACUAUUAUUAUCAUUUUGUUGGUCUCUGAGGGAGGAUGAUGCUGUGUGAGUCUGUAGACCUAGUCUGUUCCUGUGUCUUUGGCUAUGGCACUGGUGACCUGAGGCACACGCCAGUUUAAACUCAGCUCUGCCUAUGACGUAUCCGCAUAUACUGUACUUAGGUGUAAGCAUUGUAGUAGGGAAUUAGAGCCAGACUUUGUUUGCUUCUCUCUCUUUUUUAUAGGCUGUCACAGAAAUACUAGUACAGCUCCUGUCAAUGCAUUUGAACCCACAGACUUCACAUAAUGCUUUUUUUCCAACUCUAGCAUAGCAAUUUAUUUUUUAAAUCCUUUUUUUCAGUCCGCUUGCAAGAAAAGCCUCUGCUGACAGUGUUCACACAGGCAGGAAGGUGAGGUGAAGGAGGCUUGCAAACUAUGCCCAGGGAGUGUGUGAGAAACACACAGUGCACAGUGGGGAAUUACUUUUCAAUACAGAGAUUUACCCGAACUAUUCUGCUGUCUUUGUAAAGCAUUUGUAAGAAUAGCAAGGCCAAUGCCAAAUGCAGCAUUGCACCCCAUGUCGUAUCUUGGACCAGCUAAGCUGUAGGUAUUGCCUGAAAAGCAGGCGGUCAACUUGUAGGAAAGGGAAAGGGGCAGCCUGAAGACUUAAUAUCUUGUGAUGGCAAUAACAUAGCUUUAGCUUGCCCUCUGCAGAGGAUCGUGGUUCUCAAGUGGUCUGAUUUGGCAGGAAUCUGAAGCCUUAAUGGGCAGGUUUUACAGUGGAACAGAAUUAAGGAAUGGGUGGAUCUAUUAUAGGGCAUUUGCUGUGUGCUAAAAGAACUGAAACAAUGCUAAGAAUUUUCCUUUAAAAGUAUUUAUGCUUGUGACAGGAAUAGAUUUGCUUUUAUCUUUAAUAUUGCUGGCAUGUACGGAUUUAAUCCAUAUUUCUGUACAAGAAGGAUUUAUUUUUCACCCAAAUCUUCAAUCUGCUACACUGAGCAGUGCUGACAUCUUUAAUUUCCUUAUCUUUUUGGUUAUAUCUUUCAUUAUUCUAGCAGAUGCUUUAAAAUGAGGGAAAAGAAAUCAUAGAGGGGGAAGAAAAUAUUGGAGUCUUACCAGACAAGGAAUUUAUAAGCACAGUUUGUCAGACAUGCAAGGCCACAUAGUUAAGGUUUUAUGGAUGAAAGGCUAAAGUCAUCUUCUGGAUUCACUGAACAUAGAUAGAUACCAGAGCAAACCAAACCCAUUGAUUUCUUCUGUUUAUGGAUUUGGAAUUAGCAUACAAACAUUUGCUGGUUUUGAAAAAAAAAAAAAUUACUGUUUCUCAGGUAACAUGUGGCAGAGGGGUUCAGGUAGGCAUAAAAAUCACCUCUGUCACUCUUCUCUGCAGUCUUUUGCCCUGCCUCCAAUAUUAACCUCUCCCUGUCUUAUGUUUAAUUGAGCAGAUGAGUCUUUAUUCUUCUUUAAUCAUGGGUGUUAAAUAGGUGUCCACCCCUUGGAGAGUAUCAGUGAGGGAUGCCUCUAGCCUGCACCACUAACUGCUCUGCAAAAUACAUAGAAGUCACAGGUGUCUUUGAAAAGGCAUUCUCUUUUCUAUAUUAUGUUUAAGUUUAUUUUAAUGGUAUUUUAGUCUGCUCUUUAAAACAUCCUUGCCUGCAACUGUAAGUUACCAAAAGAAGCAAAUCUAGCCUCAUUUGCAUAGAUUGGGAUUUGAUUUGCAGCAAAAAUUUACUUACAAAUCUGAACACAAUAUCUGGGGGGAAGAUCAGACUUAUGUAUCCUGAGAGACUGGAGUCCUCUUCUGCUUCACGUGGAAGAGACAGACUUAGCAGCUACCAUGCAAAUUUGCCAAAUGCCUCAACAUGGCACUAGAGGGGAAAGAUGGCUCCAUCUCUGUGCCUAACUGGGUACCUGGCGAAGCUAGGGGUGGGACAGGGUUAUGGCAGCAAGGCCUGUGACAACUCUUCACUGAUUUUCUAAAGAUUGCCAAGUGACAACCUGUAAGCAAGAAUUUCACAAGCAGUAUUUGUAAAUUAAUGUCUUAAAUUUGAAAAAAAAAAAAAAAAAGAACAUUUUGAAUUUCUGAAAUCACGUUGCAAGCCUCUGCUUCCCUCCAUUGACUGGAACCAUGGGCCUUUAUGUUAAGUUCAUUUGCACUGUGUUAAAAUGUUGAUAAUCUUCACUCUUGUCAUUAUUUUCAUGGUACAGUACUUUCAUGACUUUAGAAAAUCUUUUAAUUAUUGGAAUUCUUGUUUCUCCUUAAACUAGACAUUAGACAUGAUAUUAUAGACUAGCAGCUAGUAUCUGUAUAGGCUUUUGGUGACUGCAGGUGAAUUCCUAACUGUCUGCUUUGUAUUUCAUUUUUGAGAAUGGCCUGUGUUUAUUAGCCGUGGUCGUUCAACUAUCUAGCAGUGAAGCGGGAGCAGGCGCAGAGAAGUAGCUUGUAUGUUUUGCUAUUCUGAGGAUUUCUUCCUCUGCAAGCCUAUUAAUGAAGGUUGAAACAGCUUCCAUAGUUUAUUUCACUCACUCGUGCCAAAAAUCCAUGUUGUUUAACAUAUAAUGUCCACUUGCCUGUAGUAGGAAAGACAGUUGGAGGGGAGAUUGGAUCUCACUUUUGUAAAACUCUGUACUUUCCCCAAAGAAUAUUAAAAUAAUCAGUCUGACUUUUAUCCCCUCUUCUUAGCUGCUUCACCUGUUUGAACUGUGCAGGAAAAUGUAACUUCUUGUGCUGGUGGGGGAAUCAAAGUGUCCCAGUUGUGCUUCUAAAAUGUUCAUUACUGAUUCCACAGGAAUCAAUAGCAAAGUUGCUGCCAGUGAUGGAGAGAGCAAGACUGGGCAGGAGAGUGGGGCUCUCAGUGUUAGUGAAAUAAUAUAAGCAAUAUUUCGAUUCUUAUUCACAAUACACGCAGACCACCACAUAAUCUGUCAUGGAGCUGACAAAACCAUGGAGACAAAACGGUGGAAAACUGAUUUUGAUGUCAACCCAGUUUUGAGGGGAAAUCCACAAUCCAAUCUGGCGGUUUUGAAACAAGUCUUUCACGCACUGCUUAUUCCGUAUAUACUGAUAGAAAAUUCAGAUGCAUUAAAAAGGAAUAUGUAUCUUUAAUUGGUACUGAGGCAUAUCUGCAUUGUAUUUUUCUUGUCUGAAACACGACUUGUACCAUUUAUAUCUCCUCUAGCAUUUACCACUUCAAAGAUAAGGCAGCAUUUUAAUGUCAUGCUCUAAGUAGCAUGAUGUAUGUGAAAGGACAUGAUAAAUAUUUUUGUAAGACUGCCAAAGCAAUGGUGUAUAUGUAUAGGUUUAUUGUAGUGAUAAGAAUUCAGUUUAAGAGUUUAGUAAAUAAUUAUUGUACUUAAAACAGUGUCCUUUAAUGGUAGAUGAAUCUAAUUUCCAGGGUAUCUGUUGAAAUAUGAAGCUAUCUCAGCUUGACAAGCAGUAGCUUUUAGUAUGGUUUCUCCACAUAGCAAUUUUGUAUUCCAGCAAGCAUGGUGAUCCUGAACAGUUGACAUUUUGAAAAGUGGAACCUAAAUUCUGUUAAUCAGAUUCCAUUUUCCAUCCUAGAGAAACAAAGCAGAAAUCUUGCAUUUUAAAUUUAACAGCACGUAAACUAGAAUAAGAGAAAGACAACAUGUAUGUACACUUAAUAUCUUCUUUGAAUGUCUUUCCUUUUAACUAAAGUUCUAGUAGAAACCAGAUGGGUUAAUUAAAAAAAAAAAAACUAGAAAGAAAGAAUUAAUUAAUUAAUUGUCCUAACAGCUGUUUCCUUGCACUUUGUAUAUUCUGAUCAUUUUCUGUAUUUUUAUCUUCUCUAGUGCCAGGAAAUUAGUUUGGAAAGGACUGAAGCUGGAAAGGCCUCCUAAGAAAAGACCCACAGUACAUUAAAAAGGGACUUCAGAACACAGUAAUGCAUAGUAAGAGAGGGUGCUAAAACCAGGGAAGAUUUACUGAAGUGCAAGUAUGUUCCUCCUGUAUCAGGCAGCCCUGGUUACCUGUUAUGGCGGAGAAUCUCAGGCAGUGUAAAUCUGUACUAGUUGAGGUGCUCCAAGUGUAGAGUUUUGGUAGAAAUAAAACUACUGUCUUUCUGAUGUUUUUCCUUUUAUGAUCAUUUUGCAGAUUGCGGCAAGAAGUCUGCCAUCAAUUCUUCUCACAUUUGUUAUUGCAGGCUCUAUGGCAUUGCGAGUUUCACAAGACUUACACACUACUGAGUGUAAAUGGCUGUGUGAGUUGUUUGCCUUCCUUUCCUGCCAUAGCUCUGUCCUUUAUUAACGUGAGCCUUUCAUUGAAAUCAAGAAAAAUGUAUGCCCACCUCAGCAGACUUCUGUCUGUUCCUUUAUUUAAUAAACUACCUUAUCGGGCUUUUAAAAGUUUUUAUGAUGUGAAGCAUUUUAUAAAAGAACUAUGUUAAGUGCACUUGAAUGGAGAGUGUGAAAUCCAGGCAAAGAAGCAUCAGUGCAACAACCACCCAGGUCAAAAGGAUUGUGCUUGUCCCAAUCUGUUGCUCUGCCUGCAGUAUGAAUUGCCUUAACCACGGACCCAAAGCCCUGGCUCCAUCCAAGACCUUAACUUAUUUUACAGAAAAUAAUAGUGGCAAAGUCCUGGUUUUAUGCCUUGUUUUUGUGACCAUGUUUUGGUGUUCAUUUGAACUGUCUUUGUAACCCCUAGAAGAAAAGUCGCACUUUUUACAGGAAUAUUUUUCAUUUAUAUAGGAAAGCUCUAGAACAAAGAGAUGGGAGUGAAGGUUCAGGUUUCAAGUCCUUCUCGUACUUGUACCUGUGACAAAAAGAAGAAUCUUCUUGCUGUCACCGUGUGUAUUUCACUGCAGCCAGAAGUGUACGGGUGUGCACACAUACCUCUGAAAUCUAAGGCUACUUGGGAUGCAGUGACUACAGCUUUUGGGUAAUUACUGCCAUAAUGUGGGUAUAUGGUAGAUAUGAUACCAAACUUCAAAUCCAUGAGUGUGUAGUGCUAGCAAAAUCAGUCACUCUUGAAAUUAAGUACAAUUUUGGAAUAAAUCCGACUUCACUCUACAGAAAUAGGCACAUACGAUGGUUCAAAUGAGAGCAGACUUGGACCUGGUUACCAAAAAGCAUUUAUUUAACAAUCUGUAACACAAAUCUUUUAACACCCUACUUAACUCUGACUUUCACAUAUAGGCAGGCUUCUUCCUUCACCACUGUCCUUAAAGCCCUGAUGAUGCCAGCAGCUCAAGAGCCAUGAAAAGUUGUCAGUUUGUGGUUUCUUUACAAAAGUUUUGGUUUUUCUUAAAAAAUGUCACUUCAUGUAAAAAAAAAAAAAAAAGAUGUUUGGUAUCAAUAGGGUCUUUCACAAAGAAGUGUUUCUUCUGACUCUUUUCCGUUUCCAAAACAUUAUAUGAGAAAAGUUAAGCAAUUAUUCCACGUGAUACAAAACACAACCAGGUAAGACACACUGCAAAUAUUUGAAGAAUCCAGUAACAAAUGUAGUACAUCCUGUUCCUUCUCUGAUGCAGCACUUUCCAAUAAUGUCUACUUAUGUUUCCACUGCUAUUUUCUUCCUAAAUUGGAAAAUAUCUGGACUAAACAACAAACAUAAAAGAAAAGUAUGUACCGUUGGUUUUACCAUAGAUUAAUGUUCUUGCUAGGUAUGUAAUAGGGUAAUAAUAGCAAAUGUUUUUUCCUCAGAUUUCAGAGCAUUAAUUCUGCUAUCUCCAAAGGUCAGAGAUGCACUAUCAGCACAUUAACUAUUAGAAACUAGAGGUAUUUAUACUAAUAAUAUUGAAGAACUGGCAACCUGGAUUCUAGCAAUGGGCUGCUCUAAGAAAUUCCCAUUUAUUGAAAACCCAUAUCAAGGCAAGUGGAUGACAUUUGCUGACAAAUAAGAAAAGUAAAUUACUGGAAUGCCACUACAGCAGAAAUUAUUUGAGGGGGUGUUUAGCGUGCUGAACAAUAAACUAUAUCAGAAGGAGUUUCUUCUUGUCCUCCAGUUGGGGAUCUGGGGUAAGAACAGUGCCACAGCUAGUUAAAUACCACUGUGUGUAUUACUUUUUUGGCCAAAGUAUUGGAGCUCCUGUCUUUCACAUGCUUUAAAAUAGGCUGUUGCAAGCAUACAGCUGAAGAUGUGAAACUUUAACAAGCAGCUCUAGGCUGCUGGUUAGAGCACAGGAUCAGAAGUCCUAAGCUCUUCUACCUGCUGGUCUGUCCUUGCUUAGAUGACAGUUCUCAGAUGUGUUGCUGCCUGUCUCUCUGUUGUCCUUUUUCCCCCAUCUAACAGAACCACAGAACAGCCCAGACUGGAAGGGAGCUUAAAAAACCUUCUGCUACAGCCUUUCAUGGGAAAAGGAACCUAGAGAAUAUUAUCUUGUGUCCUGCCCAGGCUUGAUUUUCUCCUCACUGACUCCAUUUUCAGGGCUGUAGGCUAUCAACAGGCUCUUUUAGACAGACUAAAAGUCACUGGAGCAAGUUAGCAGACUUUUGAAUUAGCCAGAAAGCAAUAACUUUAGAUGACUCAUGUCAGGUGGAAGCAGGCUUCAUCUGGAAAAUUUCCAGUCUAACGGCUCUCCUACAUUUAGUCACGGCAUUGAUUACCUUACAGCAACCAGUCAAGCCAAUGCUUCAUUUCUUUCAAAGCCAUGUGGAGAUAAAUGAACUUGGCUGAAUAAAGACAAGGUAGCCAUCCUCUGUAUGCUAAUCUUUAUUCUCUAAACUGUGCAUCAUCAUGCUUAUGGUUUGUGUGUCACUGAAGGAGUCUGACAUUGGCACAGUCAAUAAACUGUUCACAAGCUGGUCCAACAGCCCCAUAUUGCUGUGUCUUAAAAAUCUCCUUCCAGUAAAUGUUUAAAAAUAAAUCUAUGGGUUGCCCUCCUAAAUCAUUGGACACAGGAUUGGCAGCUAGUUGUCAUUUAUUUCUAUUAGAAAAUCAAGGCCUGUCAGCAGAGUUUUCUUGUGUAAAUUGCACUAAGAUGUCUCCUUUCCAAACCUCCCACCCACCACUCCAAGGCCAGCACAGAACAAAACUAGUUGACAGUUCUGGGUGUUUUCUGUCUCUUCCUCUACUUUACAAAAGUUUCCUUUCACUGAUAAAUUCAUUGCAUUUCACUGUCAUCUUUAAACUCCUCCCUAGCAAUGCUUCCUGCUUUGAGAAAGCGAAGCUUCUCACCUUCCUAAUAUGUGACUACUGUAGUGGGAGAGUUGUAAGCCACUAAAUUCCUAUCAUUUGUUGUAUUUGCAGCUGGUUUUUAUCUAUUUAUAGUACACAGUGACUGAAAGUAAAAGUUUGGGUUCUGCCAUCUGCAGCAUUAAUAUAUAAGUUGUUUGUAUGUGUUCCAAAAUCACAGCACCACCUGGCAAAGAGAGUCUGAGAACAAGGCAUCUACACUUCAUUCCAUUAAGCAUACUCCCUUUCUUUUGCUUGGCUUAAAUUUUCCCAAGAGAUAUCGGUAUUAAAAUAAAUGUCCAGCAAAAGCCAGCUUCUGUUUUUCUUAGGGCCACAAGAUGUCAGAAUUAACCCACAGCCACUCCUUUCCCUUGUGCUUUUGUGGCACAUACAUGAGGCUGCUGGUAGCCUCCAAAAGAGGACACAAAAAUAGUGACAUCUAGAAAGCCUCUAGUGGUUUUCAUCUCUUUAUUAGCACAUCCAAGAAAAUUCUCGGCAUUGUUUAUUAAAGAAUUUUAUUUUCAUUGGACCAGCAACUUAGAGAGGGGAAAAAUUGCUUUUGUAGUUGGAGUACCUGAGAUAUUAUACUCACCCCAUUGUAACUCCUGCAUUGUGUGCUCUUUUGAAGCUCCAUAUCUUUGACUAAGAUAUGGAAUCAGAGUCACAUGAAUAAAGAAGGCUAAGGCAUCAUUUGAUACCCAUUAGCUCUUUGAAGUAUUUGAUUCCCAUUAGCUCUUUGAAGCCAGGGAACUGGCUUUCCACAAAUAUGUUUUGUGUGGUUGAUCUCACUCAUACAGUGGUAAGGAGGAUCUUCUUUUUUGCCUUGCUCUUCAGUGGAUAAAGACCAAUCAGAGGGCUGGGCAGGUGUCACAUAAAGUAUCUUCAGUCCUAGUGACAUGAUCCAUAUGUUGAGCAUCCUGAGUCCAGGAGUUCCUCUGAUACAACAGCAUGUUUUGCCACAAUAUUCCUGAAAAGCUUCAGCUCCUCAACAAUGCUGCUACCCCAUUUGACUAGUGCUGAAUAACAGAAGCCUGCUGGAAAUGGUCUGUACUGACUUAAUUCUACACGCGGAUGCCAACCUUAACUAAGAGCGCUUUGCUUCAUGGGGAUUAAAUAGAUUCCCCCACCACUAACAAGUGCUUGGGAUGUGCUCAGUCUGAAGCUUCUUACUGACAUAUAUAAAUAAAGAUAUAGAAAUAAAUAGAUAUUUUUAUGGAGAUGUUUUAUAAGUGGCCUUUUCUUUCUGCAUGGUAAUUAUUGCCAAACUCUUGUAAUUUAGGAGCUACGGAGUGGCUGGUUCUGCAGUUUAGAAAGCAAACAGCUGUCUCUGUUGCAAGGGGGGAAUUUGGGUAUGGGCUUGGAUUUUGUUUUUUAUUAUUCAGCUUUAAUUUGCAUGGUUUGGAUUUGGGUUUUGCCUUGGUGUCUUUUUGGAUUUUUUUUUUCUUUCCUCAUUGGUUCUCUGGCAGGGACAUAUUGGGCUCAAGCAGGAACUUAUUUCUCAGUCUUUGAGAGACGUGUUGAAGCCAUCAGUGCCAUAGAACACUUCAGAAACACCUGCCUUGCACAGCCCACAAUGCUGAUCAGCGUGAGGGCCUCAAAACACACUUUCUUUAGCAAGCUAUUGGUAUUUCCACAACUUAGUGAGGUGCUCCUACUCCUCUGGCAUUGUUUGGCAAGAUAGCAAGGUAGCAACAGCUGGGCUAUGAUUGUCUCGUCAUGAGCAGGAAAAGGGGUCAGCGGAGACUGAGACACAAGUGAGGAUUCAUAAAUAUAGCAGUAGCAAAAGACUGUCAAAAUUGCUACUGAGGCAGGUCAUUUCACUUCCUCUUUUCCUUCACUCUUUUUUCUAAAAAAUACUCUCCGUUUAUAUGCCACAUCCAAGUAACACAACUCGACCGGCCAGCCAGCUCUCAGUAACCUGGGCUCUUGGUUACAGGUAGAAAUUCAGUUGUGCUUUCUUAUCCAUCUCUCUCCAGCUGCUGUGGAGCAGUCUGUACCCUUGAAAGGACCAGGGCCAUUAGCUAUUAGGAAAGCAAAACCAGUUUCUCAUCCUUUCCUUCCAAACAGGCUGACAGCCAAUCCCAGGUUUAUGUGCCUACAAAGCUGGCCCGAUUUCCUGGCAGGUGAACCAAGACCUUAUCUGUCUGCAGUUAUUCUAGUCCACAGGUUUCCUUCUUGAGCACAAUUUUCCCAUGGGAAGCAUAACCAGGAUACGACGAUUACCCUGCUUAAACAAAAACGUGUAUAUUAAAAAAACAAUCCUAAUCAAAAAGUAUAGUGUAUCUGAGAUUCCUCUGUUAUAGACAUUUAGUCUGCAGAUUUAUGGCUACAUUUGCUAUGUUAUGCUUGAAUAAAUAUAUAAUUCAUUGAAAUACACAAGACUGAUAAAAGUAAUAUGAUCUCUUUAAGGAGAAUAAACUGUUUGUAAAUUUAUAAAGAGUAUAAUCUGUUAGGCCUUAUUUGAAGUAUGUACUGUGGU